AUCCCCGGCAAGCCUAGCGCCGAAGUCGCUAGGGCGGCCAAUGAGGAGGCCUCGGGAAGGGGGAGGGCUCUCCUGAGCGACAGGCGCCCCAGCCAAUUGCCGCUCGGCGGAGCGGGCGAGUCUGAGGCCGCCCGGCUAGCCGCUCAAGAUGUCGGGGCUCCUCGGCGCCACCCUGAAGAUGCUCACCAGGGACUCGUACUGCGACCUCAGCGAAUACCUGGAGCAGUCCUACAAGGGCCGGAAGGAGCUGCAGGCAGAAGACCUGAAGGAUUCCUCCACCCUCUACGUGGGCAACCUCUCCUUCUACACCACCGAGGAGCAGAUCCACGAGCUCUUCUCCAAGUGCGGGGACGUCAAGCGGAUCAUCAUGGGCCUGGACAAGAACAAGAAGACGCCCUGCGGGUUCUGCUUCGUGGAAUACUACACGAGAGCUGAAGCCGAGCACUCCAUGCGUUUCAUCAACGGGACUCGCCUGGAUGACCGGCUUAUCCGGACAGACUGGGAUGCAGGAUUCAGGGAAGGGAGGCAGUAUGGACGCGGCAAGUCAGGCGGGCAGGUAAGAGACGAGUACCGAAAGGAGUACGAUGAAGGAAGAGGCGGCUUUGGCAAGUUUUUCCAGCAAGAGUUGCCGAAACUGUAGACGGGGAUUUAAAUAAUCUGGAUGGAUGACAGGGAGGAGAGCUAAGUUCAGCUCGUAUCUCCUUGGACCAGCGGGAUAGAAGGGAGGGAGAAAGGGCUGGCUUUUUUUUUCCCCGGCAAGGUUAGUUCGAGACUCCUUUCUCUCACCUGUCACUGUGUUUUUUACGCUUAUCCUGGCCUGAGUUGGGAUCUGGUCCAAGGGGGUGGGUGCGGAAAGCAGGCCUGCGGUGGAAAGAAAUUGGAAGCUUAAAAAGCCAUUGCUUGUUUUGUUUUCCACUUUUUCUGUACGCUGUCGUAACACUUGUAACGUCCCCGGGUGUAUAAACUGUCCUUAAAUGUUUUUAAGAGGAGGAACGAGACUGAAAUAAAAACGCCAUUGGUCUGAA